AUGAGCGCCCCGUACGGCGAGGAGGGCGGCGCCGAGCGGGCCGAGGGCGCCCGCAAGUCGCCCACGUUGCUCUCGUCCUACUGCAUCGACAGCAUCCUGGGCCGGAGGAGCCCCUGCAAGAUGCGGCUGCUGGGCGCCGGCCUGCCGCCCUUGCCCGGCAGGGCCGAGCAGGACAAGGCCGGGCCAGGCCCCGCCAAGGGCAGCCCGCCGGGCUUCGAGGCCGCCGAGCUGCACCUGCCGCCCAAGCUGCGCCGCCUCUACGGGCCGGGCGGGGGUCGCCUGCUGGCGCGGGCCGAGCGGCCCGAGGCGGCCGCCCCGUCGUGGGACUCGCUCAAGAUCAGCCAGGCGCCGCAGGUCAGCAUCAGCCGCAGCAAGUCGUACCGGGAAAACGCGCCCUUCCCGCGGGCCGCCGCCGCCCUCGAGGAGCUGGCCGGUCCCGGCGGAGGAGGAGGCGGCGGCGGCUGCAGCCCCGCCGGGCGGCCCCGCCGGGACGGGGACCUGCUGGACGACGAAGACGAGGAGGACGAGGAAGAAGACGAGGAGGACGAAGAGGAGGCCGAGGAGCUGGACGAGGAGCUGGACGACGACGAGGAGUUGUUGGCCGAGGCCAAGGAGGCCCGGCGCGGCGCGGGGGGUCCCGUCGGGGGCGGCGCGGCGCCCGGAGCCGCGCCGGGACCCGAGGGCGCGGAGGGCUCGCCCAAGGCGGAGCUGCUGCUGCCCGCCGACGAGCUGGCCGAGGGCAAGGACGGCGAGGACAGCGUGUGCCUCUCGGCGGGCAGCGACUCCGAGGAGGGGCUCCUCAAAAGGAAGCAGCGGCGCUACCGGACCACCUUCACCAGCUACCAGCUGGAGGAGCUCGAGAGGGCCUUCCAGAAGACCCACUACCCGGAUGUCUUCACCAGGGAAGAGCUGGCGAUGCGCCUGGAUCUGACCGAAGCCAGAGUGCAGGUCUGGUUCCAGAACCGGAGAGCCAAAUGGCGGAAGAGGGAAAAGGCCGGCGCUCAGAGCCACCCGCCCGGCCUGCCUUUCCCUGGUCCCCUGUCGGCGUCUCACCCGCUCAGUCCCUACCUUGAUGCUAGUCCUUUCCCUCCUCACCACCCAGCUCUCGACUCCGCCUGGACGGCCGCCGCCGCCGCCGCCGCCGCCGCUGCCGCCUUCCCCAGCCUGCCGCCUCCUCCUCCGGGCUCGGCAGCUUUGCCCCCCAGCGGGACCCCGCUAGGCCUCAGCACUUUCCUGGGAGCGGCCGUGUUCAGGCACCCGGCCUUCAUCAGCCCGGCCUUCGGCAGGCUCUUCUCCACCAUGGCGCCCCUGACCAGCGCUUCCACCGCGGCCGCCCUGCUGCGGCAGCCGGCCCCGGCCGUGGAGAGCGCCGCGCCGUCGGGCGGCCUCUCGGACCCGGCCAGCGCCGCCGCCGACCGCCGCGCCUCCAGCAUCGCGGCGCUGCGGCUGAAAGCGAAGGAGCACGCGGCGCAGCUCACCCAGCUCAACAUCCUGCCGCCCGGGACCAGCGCCGGCAAAGAGGUGUGCUGA